CGUUCUCUCCAGCCUUCCCCCGCUCUUUCAAUCCUCAAUUCUCUCUUUGCUCUUGCUCGCUCUAGUCAAUGAGCGGUUUCUUUGUUCAGCAGGUGAGACACGAGCGAUUAUGGCCCUUUAGACGAGACUGGUGUUUUCUAGUUUGCGAUUGAGCCAUCUACGUGAGGCUGAGUCAAGCCAAGGAUACGAGGUGAUCAAGACUUUAUGAACACUUGUCUCCUUUUCAGUCGAAUUCUCGGAGAGAAAGAAAAACCAUUUAAAUCUAUACCGUCUGCUGCUGUCUGCUCUGCCGCCGUUGCUAUCCACUAUAAUCAGCAUGUCUUUCCUGGCCGGGCUCUGUGGCUGCUUCACCAGCUCCACCCCCAAACCCCCGCAACCUACUCCGGGGAUGAUUCAAACCCCCAAUGCCUCCGUGCUGGUAGGAUAUGCCGGUUCUCCUGAAGGGAUGAUCAGACGUAUAGCCACGUUUGAUAAUGGCGGGAGUGACGUCUCAUCUUCUUCUCCCGGCGACGGUGACGACGACGGCUACGCACCCGUUGUCCCGUUACCCCGAUACACGCCUCGCCCCGUGAGCAUCCACGAGAAGACGCUGGCUGCACACAUGCGCGACCCGCCGGUCUCAUCCGAGGACUAUCCCGCCGACGAGAAGGGCGGAAAUGAGUAUAACUACCAAGAACAUCUCUCGCGGGCCCGCGAAGACACGACCUCGGACGUCUCCUCGGCCAUCUCCUUCCCCAGCAGCUAUGGCAAUACCUCGACGGCCACCCGCGACACGCCGCCGCCGCCGUACUCGCCGCGGGGGGCAUCGCCUGUCCCCUCACGGUCCAUGUCCAUCUCCUCUGUUGUGGGGGGAGUAAUUCCCCCGCCGCCGAUGGCACAUCUUGCGCAGCCAUGCCCGCUGGCUCGUCGAGCAGGUCUGCUGGACCGGGACUCCCGGCGGAGCAUUGACAGCCGGCAUUCCUGGGAGGGAACAUAAUAGACAGGAGCAUACCUCAUAUCUCCUGGAAGUUUCCUUUAAUCAUCUGAUUAUUCACUUACUUUGGCCUCUGGAAGGAGUACCUUGGCGUUUGGUCAUCUGGCUUAUAUCUGCUUGGAGUUGGCGCAUGAUCUAUCUGGCCGGCGUAUGGCUGGCCCAUAAACUAAUGAGCAAUACAUGCAUGCAUUAUUAUAAUAUAACUACGUUGACUGUUACUCUAUACCAUGUGGAGAAGAUGGAAUUUUAUGGCUUUAUUAUUUCCGACUACCCGAU